CAUUCCAUGAGCGCGCCAGUCUGGGCUGGACCAGUGCCGGGGCAGGACAGGACGCCGCCGCUCAGGAGUAGCCAUCCAACUUUGUCUUCUCUCUAAACCCUGUUAGUCUGUGGAUGUAUAGCGUUAGUGUGUGGUGAUGGAGCGAGGUGGCGGCGGCAACAGCAACAACGGUGGUGGUAGUGGCCUGGGGGAGGACAAUCGAUGUGCGUGCGGGCGUACCUUACAAAUGGUGGGCGUGCACGUCACCCCGACCACCGGCGGCCAGUUCGAACUUAGGGUCGCUUCCACAGACUCCAUAGAAUUCCUGCGGCGGCUGGUGUCCAAACGGCUGCGUGUCCCCAAGGAGCGCAUCUGCCUACUCUACAGAGACAGGCACCUCCGCGAAGGCACGCUGGAGGAGAACAGCAUCAUGGACGGCUCCAGGAUUACGCUGCUGCCCUCCGUGGAGACUGGCUUACUGGUAAGAACGAGUGACCUUGAACGUGGAGGAGGUGGAGGAAGAGAAGGAGGAGGUGGAGGAGGUGGAGGUGAACAUGGUGGUGAGUAAUAUUGUGGUGGUGGAGGAGGGGAACGAAUUGUGGGAGAGAGAAUAGGAAUAAUUUUCGUAGUUGUGGUAGGAAUACUGGUGGUGAGUGUUGUGAUUAUAGUAUAAGGAGUAACUGUGGUAGUAGUAGUAGUAGUAGUAGUAGUAGUAGUAGUGGU